AUGGCCGCCGCCACGCUUCCUUUCCAGCUCAAAAAUGCUUCCAUCUUCAAGGAUAAGUCUCUGGUCGGUGGUGAAUGGAUAGAAGCCAGGUCGGGCAAGAGGUUUGAUGUGGUGGAUCCCGGAAAUGGCAAAGUCUGGGCAUCAGCUCCAGACAACACGGCCGAAGACGUUGACGCGGCUGUCAAGGGAGCUCACGAAGCAUUCAAGACUUAUAGCAAAGUCAACCCCAGAAUCAGAGCACAAUGGCUCUUGAAGUGGGAUGCUCUCAUCCGGGAGAACAGAGACGACAUUGCCAACAUCGUCACUUAUGAGACCGGAAAGCCUCUCUUCGAAUCCCAAGGGGAGCUGGACUAUGCCUUGGGUUUCACGUGGUGGUUCGCUGGCGAAGCGGAGAGAGUCACCGGAACCAUCUCAAUCCCAGCUGCUCCGGGACGAAGAGUCUUUACUGUCAAACAACCAAUUGGCGUAGCCGCAGCGCUUGUUCCUUGGAACUUCCCAAUCGCUAUGAUUCUCCGAAAGGCCGGUGCCGCUUUUGCUGCAGGAUGCACGAUGGUUGUGAAGCCAUCCCCGGAAACCCCACUGUCGGUGCUAGCGCUUGCAAAUCUUGCACAGGAAGCUGGAUUUCCAAAGGGUGUGUUCAGUGUCUUGACUACAAGCUUGGAAAACACACCGCCCCUGAGUGAAGCACUUUGCCGCCACCCACUUGUCAAGAAAGUUACUUUCACUGGAUCUACCAGAGUUGGAAAGCUGGUUGCGAAACAUUGUGCCGAUGGCUUGAAGAAAGUCACUCUUGAGCUUGGAGGAAACUGCCCGUUCCUGGUCUUUAAUGAUGCGGACUUGAACCACGCUGCGGAUGCCCUCAUGGCCUUGAAGUGGCGCCAUGCAGGUCAAGCUUGUAUUACUGCAAAUCGGGUCUACGUUCAAGCAGGUGUUUAUGAAAAGUUCGCAGAGAUCUUCAAGGAGAAAACCUCCAAGUUGGUCGUCGGACACGGUGCCGAGAAGUCAACCACGAUGGGUCCAGUGACCACAGAAAGAAGUCUUGACAAGGUUCUCAACCAAGUCGAGGAUGCUAAGAAGCACGGAGGUCAGGUCGUGCUAGGUGGUGGUAAGGUCAAAGAUACUUCAGGAUACUUUUUUGAACCAACGAUCAUUCUCGGAGCGAAAAAAGAAAUGUUGAUUACCGAAGAGGAGACCUUCGCUCCAGUUCUCGCUCUCUACAGCUUCGAGACUGAGGAUGAAGCUGUCCAAGCUGCCAAUAACACCAGCAUGGGACUGGCCUCGUACUUCUUUACCAAGAACGUCGAUCGUACUUGGAGACUUCUCGAGAAUCUUGAAGCCGGUAUGAUUGGUAUGAACACAGGGAACUCGUCGGCUGCAGAAUCUCCAUUCGGGGGUAUCAAAGAGUCAGGUUACGGAAAGGAAUCCGGAAAAGACGUCGCUAUUAACGAGUAUCUCAUCACAAAGACCGGAACCCUGACUCUUGAUGGCCACUUCUAG